AUGGAGAAUAGACGAGGAGGAGGUCGUUUUGGAAGAUCUAGACUCAAGUGUUCUUAUUAUCACAAACUUGGACACACCCGUGAAAUGUGCUAUUCCUUACAUGGUCGUCCACCCAAAAAUGCUUACAUUGCUCAGACCGAGACUACAGCCUCGGUUGUUCAGACUGAUACUUUUGUUGCUGGUAAUUCUUUUGCUUGUGUUUCCCAAUCUAGUACUCUUGGACCAUGGGUCAUGGACUCAGGCGCUUCUGAUCACAUCUCUGGUAAUAUAUCACUUUUGUCGAAUAUUUCUAGUACUCUUGGACCAUGGGUCAUGGACUCAGGCGCUUCUGAUCACAUCUCUGUUGUCUAUGUUGAUGAUAUUGUUAUUACUGGUAAUGAUCAGGAUGAUAUUACCAAUAUAAAGCAGCAUCUCUUCCAGCACUUCCAAACUAAGGAUCUAGGCAGAUUGAAGUACUUUUUAGGUUGCAGAGCUGUUGACACUCCGAUGGAUCCGAAUUCUAAACUUCUGCUAGGACAAGUGCUAGAGUAUUUUAGCCGUAAAGUUAUUUCCAGGACAUUCUUUUGCUUACUCCUUCAAAUUUUAUCUUAUUGGCAGAGCUCCCCGUCAUCUCAUCCCUCCGGCGUUGAUAACAAUAGUAGUGUAUUUGGCAGAUUCCGGACAAGGUAUAGGUCGUCAUCCCUUGGAGAGGAGAAUUUAGGCUGUCGUACUGUUGAUCUUCAUACUUCUACUCUAAAACCUGAUGCGGAGGACACAGACCUGAGGCUUUGCUUCAGAAUUAUUUCGCCGUUAAAAACUUAUACAUUGCAGGCUGAAAGUGAAGCUGAAAGAGUUGACUGGAUGAAUAAAAUCACCGGAGUGAUUGCGUCCCUUUUGAAUUCUCAUCUACAUAAGUUUGAUCCUAGUAAAAAUGACGUUGAUAGUAGCAACGGUACCUAUGCUGCUUCUUUAAAUGUUCAAGGGGCUGUUAGUGGCGAAAAUGCACUAGCUACCAUGAGAGUCAAUCAGGCCGAUUCUGUUUCUAGGAUUCUCAGAGAAGUUCCUGGAAAUGACACGUGUGCUGACUGUGGUGCUUUAGAACCUGAUUGGGCAUCUCUAAAUCUUGGUAUCUUAAUUUGCAUAGAAUGCUCGGGAAUUCAUCGGAACCUUGGUGUUCAUAUCUCAAAGGUCAGGUCCAUCACGUUAGAUGUCAGGGUUUGGGAGCCUACCAUUUUGGAUCUUUUUCGCACAUUGGGUAAUUCUUACUGUAACUCGGUGUGGGAGGAGCUGCUUCUACUUCCAAGUGGCAGAUCAACAAAUGUUGAUGCUAUUCAAUCUGUUUCCAAGCCAAGCCCGAAAGAUGGCUUUCAUGAAAAGGAGAAGUACAUUUUGGCAAAGUAUGUUGAAAAGCAGGUUGUGAAUAAAGAAGCUCUUGCACCUUACAACAACAAUCGUGCCACCGGCAUCUGGGAAGCAGUUAGGAGUAAUAACGUGAAGGAAGUCUAUCGAAUUAUUGUAAUGUCAGAUGUGAAUAUAAUCAACACUACCUAUGAUGAGGUCAAAGGUGCUAAAAUAUACCAUGAAAUCCAUGAAAAUGAUUCAAAACUAGGCUUUGAUGAUUCCAAAAAGAAACAUCAAAACCCAGCAGGCUGUCAGGACAUCAAGCUUUGCCGUCAAGGAUGUUCUUUGUUACAUCUAGCAUGCAACGGUGACAGUCCAGUGAUGCUUGAGCUUCUUCUGCAAUUUGGUGCAGAUAUAAAUAGGCGUGAUUUUCAUGGAAGGACUCCUCUACAACAUUGUAUCUGCAUGGGGAGACACCACUUGGCAAAAUUUUUGCUUAGAAGAGGUGCCCGUGCAUCGAUCAAGGAUUACGGUGGACUCAGUGUGCUGGAAAGGGCCAUGGAGAUGGGUGGAAUCAAAGAUGAGGAGUUAUUUAUCCUGCUUACCAAGAGUGAGUGAAAUGGGCAUUUUUUUUUUAAUUGGCAGCUCCUCAGCUUCCAACUUCUUUAAAUUGUAAAGCAUGUUUUUCUAUAAAUGCUUACUAUUUUCUCCUCUACUAUUUGAAAUUCAAUUUGUCUCUCCCUCUCUCCGGUUUACGUUGUCGAUGUUUGGUGAAGUUCCUGAAAAAAACAAGAACCAGUGCAGUGUUCACAGAUCCUUUUUUCACAUUGUUAGUUUUUGAAACAACCAUUCUAGAUAUUAAGAGUAAAAAGCUGUAAACCUUCCUGAGAGGAACUGGAAGUUUGUUUUUUCAUCAGAUUCUCUUUGGUAAAGUAUGUCAAUCUAAAGUUUUACAAUUUCUUAGGAA